UUUUUUUCUUUUAACCGCGUUUUAUGUCGCCCGUGCGCUUCGUGGAAAUUUGCGUAGAACGCGACACGCGCACGAAUACAGGGCGCCUGCUCGUCACGCGGCAUCAUCCGCGACAUGUGAUCCGUUUAAAGUUACACCGUGCGUGCAAUUACCGUGCGAGCGUGUCGCGUCGCAACAACUCUCAUUAGUCCGCAGUCGGUUCCGGACGUCCCGUUCAUCACUUGCUAGUGACCGCGGCGGGCUGUAGGUUAUGUUGCCGUGUUUAUAAUCGCUCCGAUCGAAUCGAUCCACGUUUCCCCCCUCGCACGCGCCAUCCGUCAUCGGCGGGCUUCAGGCGGAGCCUUUCGCCUGAGCGAAAUAUGAGAAGGAUACACGUCGUGACAUCGACUGGGACAUCGGCCGAAAAAUCCGCAGCCAAGCUAUUGCGUCGCGAGCUAAUUAAAUAACGGCCACCAAGAAUACACCUGUGUUAUGAGUGUUGGUUUAUCCAUGUACGAUGGCUUGGAGAGUGAGAAUACUCUUGAUAAUGGCCUUGAUAGCACCGGGAAUACUGCAAAGAAACUGGCUAGGGGUAUCUCCCGUGCAACUGAAAAUGCCGCAAUUGUUUCUUAUGCUCGUACGCAAUUGGCAGCCUUAGAGUCUCUCGAUACACCAGAAUUCACAUUUUCAUUGCCAGAUUUAUCUGUGUAUCCAGAUUCAUUUCGCAAAUUCUUGGAGAAGGAUCUUUUAGAAAAUGGAUGUCUGAAUUCCUUGGAAGCUGCAGGUCGUUUAAAUUGGUGGUACAAAAGUGGAAGCACUAGAAUUCUUUGGCCAUUAGCAACAUCUGGAGAUGGCAACUGUCUGCUUCAUGCCGCAUCGUUGGGAAUGUGGGGUUUUCAUGAUAGAUUACUUACUUUAAGAGAAGCGUUGCAUAAUACUUUGACCAAAGGAGAAUAUAGACAUGCUCUUUUCAGACGGUGGAAAUGGUGGCAAACGGGCUUAAAUGCAGCUGCUGGAUUAUCAUAUACGGAAGCAGAAUGGUUAUCAGAGUGGCAAAGUAUAGUAGAUAUGGCCUCUCCUACAAUCAGAAACCAAACUGCUGCCUCUUAUCAGAGUCUGGAAGAGAUACACGUUUUAACUUUGGCUCAUGUUUUAAGAAGACCUAUAAUAGUUAUAGCGGAAACUAUGCUGAAAGAUGCUGAUGGAGUAGCUUUAGCGCCAAUUCCAUUCGGUGGAGUGUAUUUGCCUUUGGAAGUGUCGCCUUCGCUUUGUCACAGAACUCCUUUACUCUUGGCAUAUCAUUCUGCUCAUUUUUCUCCACUUGUGACUGUAGACGGUUGCAACGAUUAUGGCAGCGCGUGCGGUGAAGGUGUCAGUAUACCACUAGUAGAUCCAGACACAGGAAAAUUAUUGCCAGUCUUAUUCGCUGUAGAUCCUGGUCCUGACUGGGAUUGGAUAGAUGGUUCACGAGAAUUGUUAACUUGUACGCAGGAUACUAUGGAGAUCUUGUUACGACAGUAUUUGGAUUGUGAAUAUCAAAGUUUUACAUCCGAGGAUAUUGACAGGCUUUCUGAUGCAGAUGGUUCUUUAUCAAAAACAGCAAAGCAACUGUUAGAGGUCGCAAAACAAUUCGGUUCCAUUGGUAAAUCUGUCAGUAAAAAAAUAUUGUCUAUGACCAAUAAGAGACCGAAAAGCCCGCCUUCUUCGAGCGGCGGAAUUUCCACAGAAGGUUUGUUAUGUGUGAGAAUAAAGAGCAGACGUCAUCAAUUUGUAGAUCAAAUGCUUCAGAAUUAUCUUCAAUGUGCCCAUGCAAGAUAUUUGCAAGAUCAUCAGGUGGACGAUACGGGCAGCGAAUUGAAUUAUGGUGCUGGAAAGUCUAAAUUUUAUGCUGCCAGUGAUCGCGGUAGUCAUGCGAGCGUUAGCAAAUUGUUACCCACUAACACAAAUAAAGAUCAUACACUUUAUCUUUCGAGAUCCACAUUUUAUAACGAUCAAACUCCAUCAAAUAAUAUGGGGCCAGAGAUUUGGAAUAAUGACAGUGACAAGUUAAAGAGCACUGUAAAAGAGUGCCGCAGCGAACACUGCCAAUUCUUUGGAUCGCCGGAAAAUGAAUAUUAUUGCUCGCAGUGUUGGGCUAAUCGAAGUUAAACAACCGUCCUUAAUCACACAUGACAAUAAGCUCGAUUUAAUAUCGCUCGAAUUAAGUUAAUAAUAUAAAGCUAGAGAUAUAAGAUAUAAAGCUUAUGAAAAAUGUCCCACCAACCGAUCAUCAGUAACAUUAUGCUAUUUGUUUAUAAUUUUGUUUCUUUUUUCAUAUUUUAUUGUAUUUAUUAACAUUUUCCAUCUAAAAAUUGCAUAUCAGAUGCACAGGGUUCAAAUAAAUGACAAUGUAUUUAUAGUAUAUAUUUCAUCGCAUUUUUAAGUGAUGAAAAAUUUAUAAACUUAGCAUUCAGAUGAACAAAAAUUUUUUUUUGUUUUUUAAACAAUUUCAAUGUUGUGCCUUCUGUCAUGUAUGCGCGGAUGAAAGAUGGAAAUACUUCUUUAUACCGUGAUAAAAAUCUACACUCUCAACUACCUCCACAGUUUUUGAUUAUAGAGAAUGUGAUUGGUAUAUAUAAUUAUUAGUUCUUUCUAAUUAUUUGUGGAUUCCAAAGGUUGAUGUGGAAAUAUUAUAUUUAUAAUCUCAUUGUCUUGUGCAAUUGCUGUGUAUGUAAGCUGUGUGAAAAAUAAAUCAUAUUUUUAUAUGUACCAAGUCAUUAUUUCCCAUAUAGAAAAAAAAAUGUCAGUUGUUAAGAAGAUAACAAGCCCAAUAUUUUGUCAUAAUAAAAUGUAUUUACAUAUAUUUCCUUGCAUUAGCCUAUCAUCAUGUGAAAAAGGUCAUAAUUAAUUGUAAACGAUUAAUAUUACCUGACACAUUACCUAUCUACCUACACUUACAUUCACUAAAAUAUCGCCAAAGUAUGUGUGGUAGUAUAAUGUCAAUUUUAUUAAUAAUUAUAAUAUGAAACAAA